AUGCCGCGCUCCUUCCUGGUCAAGAAGAUCAAAGCGGACGCUUUCCAGCCCAGCCCGGCCGCCGCCCCGACUUACCACCCCCUGGAAACUUCGUAUGAGGAGCUGGCUGGACCCUUGACGGCCAGCGACCCCGGGGUGGAGAAUGGAUACCUCCAAGCCUGCCUUGCGUCAUCGGGCUACAAGAGUGAAAAAUCCCCAGGCCUACACUUGUCCUCUUCAGACACAAUUUACAACCCCAUCCAUGAGGACUACAGCGACCCCGAGAGCCCCCAGUCCAGCCUCUCUGCCCACUACUUCAAUGGCGAAGCAGCAGUCACAGAGAGCUACUCCAUGGAUGCUUUCUUUAUCACAGAUGGCCGGUCACGGCGGCGCAGCGAGGCCCAGCGGCGCGGCAGCCACCGCCACUCCUGCAACGAGUGCGGCAAGACGUACGCCACCUCCUCCAACCUCAGCCGGCACAAGCAGACACACCGCAGCCUGGACAGCAAGAUGGCCAGGAAGUGCCCCAUCUGCAGCAAAGCCUACGUCUCCAUGCCGGCCCUCGCCAUGCACAUCCUGACUCACAACCUGAAGCACAAGUGCGACGUGUGCGGCAAGGCCUUCAGCCGCCCGUGGCUCUUGCAAGGACACAUGCGCUCCCACACGGGCGAGAAACCCUUCGGCUGCUCCCACUGCGGGAAGGCCUUCGCCGACCGUUCCAACCUGAGAGCUCACAUGCAGACCCACUCGGCCUUCAAGCACUACAAGUGCAAACAGUGCGAGAAGACCUUCGCUCUCAAGUCGUACCUCAACAAGCACUACGAGUCAGCCUGUUUCAAAGGCUCCGAGCACGCCUGCAGUGCGGAAAACUGA